AUGGCCUCCUCGGAGCAGGCAGAGCAACCUGGGCAGACCGGCUCUUCUCCCGGAACCGAAAACGUGGUGUCCCGCGACGCUCUGAUUGCAACAGCAGUGAAGUUUCUACAGAACUCCCGGGUCCGCCAAAGCCCCCAUGCGACCAGAAGAGCAUUUCUUAAGAAAAAAGGGCUGACGGAUGAUGAAAUCGAAGUCGCAUUCCAGCAGUCGGGCACUGCCAAAGAGGAGCCCCAGCACCAGAACCUUCCUGCCCAGUUGGUGCCGACUCAGCCCCCUCCCCUUGCGCCAUAUAGUCCACCAAGCUCCAGAUGGCGGGAUUACGGCGCUCUAGCCAUUAUCAUGGCUGGUAUUGCAUUUGGCUUCCACCAGCUCUACAAGAAAUACCUCCUCCCUCUGAUCAUGGGAAGCAAGGAAGACAGGAAGCAACUUCAGAGGAUCGAGUCGAACAUUUCCGAAAUGAGCGGCACCGUGACGCAGACAGUGACUCAACUUCAGACAACUUUAGCCUCCGUCCAGGAACUUCUCAUCCAGCAGCAGCAGAAAAUACAGGAACUCACUCAAGAACUGGCGGCUUCUAAGGCCACAACUUCCACUAACUGGAUCCUGGAGUCUCAGAAUAUCAACGAGCUAAAGUCGGAGAUCUACUCGCUAAAAGGACUGCUCCUUAACCGGAGGCAAUUCCCUCCCUCACCCUCCGCCCCCAAAAUCCCCUCCUGGCAAAUUCCAGUCAAGCCUUCCUCCCCGUCUAACCCGGUCGCCAACAACCACAGCACCAGCAGCGACAUCUCCCCGGUCAGCAACGAGUCCAACUCCUCCUCGCCCAUCAAGGAGAACCACAGCCCCGAAGGUUCGAAGGUCAACUGCCACCUGCUGACCCCCGAGGAAGGGGGCGAGGCCAUGAUCGACGUCAAGGGACAGGUGCGGAUGGAGGUGCAGGGAGAGGAGGAGAAGCGGGAGGACAAAGGGAAUGAGGAAGAGGAGGAGGAGGAGGAGGAAGAGGAGGAGGAUGACGACGACAUCGUCAGCCACGUGGACGAAGAGGAGUGCUUGGACGUCCAGACGGAGGACCGACGAGGCGGGGAUGGGCAGAUCAACGAGCAAGUGGAGAAGCUAAGGAGGCCCGAAGGGGCCAGCAAUGAGAACGAGAUUGACUAGUGCG